AGUUUCCCUGGUUCAUGGACUGGCUUAAUAUGGAUCGAAAAGUGGGUGGGGAGCAGCGAAAGGAAGGGACCCUAAAUUCCGUGAUCCUGGGCUCAGACCUGGCUGUGAUCGCCCCCCAGGACCCGACGCUGCUCAUCGGCUCCUCCCUCCAUGCUACCUGUUCAGUGAGUGUGAGCGGCAGUGAUGUGCUCACAGCUGAAGGGCUCUACUGGACCCUCAACGGCCGGCGGCUGGCCCCCGAGCUCUCCCAGGUCCUCAACGCCACCACCCUGGGCCUAGCACUGGCCAACCUCAAUGGCUCCAAGCAGCAGUCGGGGGACAACCUAGUGUGCCACGCACAGGAUGGGAGCAUCCUCGCUGGCUCCUGCCUCUAUGUUGGCUUGCCCCCCGAGAAGCCUGUUAACAUCAGCUGUUGGUCUAAGAACAUGAAGGAUCUGACCUGCCGCUGGUUCCCAGGCACCCAGGGGGAGACUUUUCUUCAUACCAACUACACCCUUAAAUACAAGCUUCGGUGGUACGGGCAGGAUAACACAUGCCAAGAAUACCACACCGUGGGGCCCUAUUCCUGCCACAUUCCCAAGGACCUGGCACUAUUCACGCCCUAUGAGAUCUGGGUGGAGGCCACCAACCGCCUGGGCUCGGCCAGGUCGGAGGUGGUCACACUGGACAUCCUCGAUGUGGUAACAACAGACCCCCCACCAGAUGUCCAUGUGAGCCGAGUGGGGGGGUUAGAGGAUCAACUGAGUGUCCACUGGAACUCCCCGCCAGCACUCAAAGACUUCCUUUUCCAAGCUAAGUAUCAGAUCCGCUACCGGGUAGAGGACAGCGUGGAGUGGAAGGUGGUGGAUGAUGUGAGUAAUCAGACCUCGUGUCGCCUGGCCGGCCUGAAGCCAGGCACCGUCUACUUCGUGCAGGUGCGCUGUAACCCCUUCGGCAUCUACGGGUCAAAGAAGGCAGGAAUAUGGAGCGAGUGGAGCCACCCAACUGCGGCCUCCACACCCAGAAGUGAGCGGCAGGGCUCCAGUGGGGCCUGUGAGCCCCGGGGCGGGGAGCCCAGCUCCAUGCCAGUGAGGCGCGAGCUGAAGCAGUUCCUGGGCUGGCUGAAGAAACAUUCCUACUGCCCCAACCUCAGCUUCCGCCUCUAUGACCAGUGGCGAGCCUGGAUGCAGAAAUCCCACAAGACCCGCAACCAGGACGAGGGGCUCCUGUCCUCGGGCAGACGGGGCACGGCGAGAGGUCCUGCCCGGAGAUAAACUGUAGCGAUCCUAGGUCCUGGGCCAGGAGGGCAUCUGCCUACCCCAAUGCCACCUCCAAAGAAUCUAGAAACAUGGAGGGAGGACAUCUGGGGCUCCUCUAUUCUAACCUGAGGAUGCCCCCAAGUUUCCCCAAGCACUGGAACUGUGGAUUCAUCCAGGACACAAGAUGCCCACCUAAGCCAUAGCCCCUGCUCCCAAAAUGGGCAGCCCAGGCUUCUGUGGAGUCACCAGGCAUCUUGACUAUCUGACAAGGAGCUGUCCUCUUAAGGACAGGGCCAGUGUGGGAAAAGAACAAGGCAGGGCUUGGGGGGAGGAGAGGGUAGAGAGACCAAGCCCCUGCCUCUUGCAGUACCCACAGCCCCUCCUGAUUCUGCCCAAUUC